GACGAGUUACGUCGAGAGCGAUCGCAGGAGCCAAGUCUCGUCGAUUCCCGGACUCGACGAUCAGUCGGUCGAUCCGAUUUGCCGAAAUGGUGGAGUUUCUCGAUGUGCUGACGCCCGAGGGCCUUCACACCGGCCUCUCCAAGGACAGGAAUCUUGUACAUAAGGAUGGAGAUUAUCAUCGGGCCGUUCACGUAUGGGUCUACUCAGAGAGCACGGCUGAGCUUUUAUUGCAGAAAAGGGCCUACACGAAGGAUUCAUGGCCUGGUCUUUGGGACAUAUCAUCCGCAGGACACAUUUCUGCCGGAGACACUUCUCUUGAAAGUGCCAGGAGGGAACUCCAGGAAGAACUCGGAGUAGAUCUUCCAAGUGAUGCGUUUGAACUCCUUUUUACUUACAAGCAGAAUGAUAUUCUCAAUGACGGAACAUUCAUCAACAAUGAGUACAAUGAUGUGUACCUCGUCACUACGCUGGAGCCCAUACCUCUGGAGGCCUUCACUCUUCAGGAGUCCGAGGUGGUAGACGUCAAGUACAUGGGUUGGAAGAAUUACAAGGAGGUCAUAGCAAAAAAAGAUCCUGAUUACGUCGACUACGAGCUGGAUGGUGGAUAUGGCCUACUGUUUCAAACCAUCGAAUCUAGGUAUGAUGCAGAUCCGAAGGCCAGAAUAGCAUCUUUGAAGAAGCAACUGAGUCGCUAUUCUCCAGUUACCCUUCGUGGAGAGCUUUCAGGAUUAAGUGAGGGAGAUCUUUUUGCAUUGGUCUACACUAUACGGGCAGCCAAAAUCCUUGAGAAAAUUUUCACUGAGCAGGAAUGGUGCGUCAAUCCCCAGUUGAAGUCUUGGCUUGAAAAGAAAUCUACAGCUUCUGAAAUUGACAAGCUUAAAUAUGCCUACUACAUGAUCAACAAAAGUCCAUGGUCUAUUUUGGACGAAAACGAGGCAUUCCUUUCAACUGCAGACUCCGCUAUCAUCUUAGUGGAAAAUGCAGUCAAGCCUGUCUCCGGUUGGAAAGGGCUCGAAUAUAAAGCUGCUUUUCCAGUACAUAAACCUCCAGUUGCGAAUUUUUACCCUCGCGACAUGGAUACAAAGGAGUUCGAGCUUUGGAAGGCAACUCUGAGUGCCGAGGAUCAAGCAAAGGCCGUUGACUUUUUUACUCUCAUCCGCAGAUCUCAGCCAAAAUUAUGUGAUCUCCAGAUAGUCCCGUACUCGGUUGAGUAUCUUCACAAUCUUAAGCAGGCAAGUGCUUUGCUGGACAAAGCCGGAGACUCUGCAUCGACACCAAGUUUAAAAAAGCUGCUCAAAUCAAAAGCAAAGGCAUUUCUGUCAAACGAUUACUACGAAUCUGAUAUUGCUUGGAUGGAGCUGGACUCACAAGUUGAUGUGACCAUUGGUCCGUAUGAAACAUACGAGGACGGUCUCUUUGGCUACAAGGCUACUUUCGAAGCUUUUAUCGGCAUAUGUGAUGAGGAAGCUACAUCGCAGCUCCUCCUCUUUAGCAAUCACUUGCAGGAAAUGGAGAACAAUCUUCCUAUGGCAGCUGAGUACAAGUCAACGAAUGUCAAGGCUUCUCCAAUUCGCGUCAUCAAUCUUGUUUACAAUGCAGGGGACUGCAAAGGUCCACAAACAGUAGCCUUCAACUUACCAAAUGACGAUCGGAUUGUGAAAGAGCGAGGAAGUGCCAUGGUUAUGAUUCGAAAUAUCUCAGAAGCAAAAUUCGACUGUAUUCUUCUACCGAUUGCACGAGUCUGCAUCGAAGAAUCACAAAGAUGUUUCGUGGAUUUCAACUCCUUUUUUACACAUACAAUCUGCCACGAAUGUUGCCACGGCAUCGGUCCUCACAACAUCGCGGUUGGAGGCAAAGAAUCAACUGUUCGAUUGGAACUUCAAGAACUUUAUUCUGCUAUUGAAGAAGCGAAAGCUGACAUAGUUGGUCUAUGGGCCCUCCACUUUCUUCUUGACAAGGGCGUUCUUCCCCAAGGGAAGGAAAAAGCAAUUUAUGUUUCGUUUCUUGCUGGUUGCUUCCGAUCUAUACGCUUCGGACUGGAAGAGGCGCACGGGAGAGGACAAGCGCUCCAGUUCAACUACAUCCUAGACAAAGGGGGCUUCGUCGCACACGAGGAUGCCACGUUUUCAGUAAAUUUUGAUAAGGUGAGGGGGGCCGUUGAGGAUUUGAGCCGAGAAAUUCUCACUAUCGAAGCACAAGGCGACAAGCCUGCUGCCCUUGAGCUGUUGACCAAGUAUGCGAAGCUCACGCCUGAGCUCUCGAGAGCUUUCGCUUCGCUGGAAAGCGUGCAGGUUCCCGUGGACAUUGCCCCGACCUUCGAUACGCUGAACAGUGCUGCUUACUUGAAUGCUGGAAGGCGCAUCGACUGAAACCGACCGACCCACCAGAGACAACGCUUGCAGAAAAAGACCAUUGCUUGAUGAAGAAACUUGAGGGGAUACUAGCCUGGGGACCAAAUUAAGAUCUUUGCUCAGCGCGCAAGGCUGAACUCUGAGGCUGGGUUAGACCCGUCUAGAGGAAGUCUCUACUUGAAGUAUCGCCCUGCUAUGCUGACAGGGAUGGAUUAAAUACUUCAGGGUGUUUGGCAAAGUACACUUUCCUGUAGCCGUUCGGACAUCGUAAAUACUAAUGCAAGAGAAUUCACCUUUUUGGAGCUCCGGUUUAUAAUUUGGGUCCAUGGAAUGGCAGGACAUGCGAACAGUAUGUUUCUUCAAAGCUCUGAACACUUUUGAUUGUAACAAACCACUCGGACUUUAUGUGCACAUCGCCGUACCAGAGCAAUUUGAAGGAAAAGC